UGUGACAGUGACAUAUAAAUCUUUUUCAGAACCUUGUUUUAUUUAUUAAUUUUAUAAAUUCCAUGAUAUGUUCCGCCAGGAUUUUAUUGGAAAGAACGAAGACAACAAUCUUUCUUUGUAAGGAAUUGAAAUAAAAAUUUAACAACUAAAACAGGUUCAUUCAUCAUUUCACCCGACGAAUACGAUAAUAAUUUUUGGAUAUACGACAAAAACAGCAACAGUAUGACUUCGCAAGCUUUAGCUUCACUGACCGCCACUUACACUGACUCGGAAGGCGAGGAAGACAUGGAGGAUGGACAACAAACACCGGAAAAAGAAGAAAGCAAAACAUCCCAAUCGGCACCCAACAGUCCCCACCAAAUAGAAGAUUCCGUCAAGUCCUCAUCAGCACCCGUAUCACCUAAAAGAAGAUUAGUUUCUUACAACGACGAUACUGUAGUGUCUGAUGAAGAUCAGUCUUCCCCUAGUGCCGAGAAUAGAGACGACAUGAGAAGAUUGUCUAUGGAAACUGAUACAGAUGAAGCAAUACAACGGUCUGACCCCGACGACUCAGAAGAUGGUGUUACUAUACCUCCAGAGCCUCCUGGCAAAUGCCCUAAGGAACUACAGGAAACAAUUGCCAAAUUCUAUAGUAGAAUGCUAAAUGAAGGUUUGGAUAUGAACAAAAUAAUACAAGAUAAAAAGAAUUUUAGGAACCCAAGCAUAUAUGAAAAGCUCAUACAGUUCUGUGACAUAAACGAGUUAGACACUAACUAUCCCCCUGAAAUAUAUGAUCCUUUGAAAUGGGGAAAGGAGUCGUACUAUGAUGAGUUGGCACGUGUGCAAAAAGUAGAAAUGGACAGGCGAGAGAAGGAGAAGAAAGAGAAAUUAGCCAAAAUAGAUUUUAUUUCAGGUGUAGCAAAAAAACCUGAGAGUGAUGAAGAGAAAAAGCGGAAAUCCAAAUGGGACCAAGCUGCUCCUAACGUGGCAGCAAAGCCCGCCAUCAAGCAGCCUGGGCUGGUGCAACAGCCACUCACCAGCAAUGUGACUGGCACUAAAGGAACUGUCAUAUCUGCAUUUGGCUCUUUACCAAAAAAACAAAAGCUAUGACACAAAGUCUGGAUAAGCCUGAAGUGAAAGACACAUUUUUAUAUAUAAAUUUAAUUUCAUUUAUAUAUUAAAUUAAUA